AUGCCUACUGAAUUAGAAGAAUUAGUUUCAUUUUUACAUUCCCCACAGCCAGCAGUUGUUCAAAUUGCUUUAGAUAACUUGGUUGGUUAUUCCACUGGUGCUCAUCAACAAGUUUUCAGUUAUGAUAAUUAUGAAGCCAUCAAAGAUUUGAAAACUAUUAGUAAAGGAUCAAGUAAAACUAUGGUUAAUCAAUCUAUUACUAUUUUAGCUAAUUUAUGUGAUGAUUUAACAAUGAGAAAUUUGAUUGUUGAAGAUGAAGAAUAUUUGAAAUUUUUAGUUUCAUCAAUUUUAAAUAUUAAAAAUACCAAUGCUGAUUUAAUGUGUAUUUUAUUAACAAAUUUAGCUAAAAAUGAUUUUAUAAAUAAAAUUUUAGAAUUUACUAUUGAAUUAAAUGAAGAACAAAAGAAAAUUUUCAAAUCAAAUCAAGCUAUUGAUUGUUUAAUGGAUUGUUUUGUUAAAGGAUAUGAUAGAAAAUUAAAUGAAUAUGCAAAUUAUGAUUAUUUAUCAUAUUUCUUUGCUGAUUUAUCAAGAUAUAAACAAGGUAGAACUUAUUUUAUUACUGAACAAGAAUAUGAUCAAGUUGUUCCAUUAUCUAAAGUUUUAGUAUUUACUGAAAAAUAUGAUGAUAAAAUUAGAAGAGAAGGUGUUGCUUCAACUAUUAAAAAUUCUUUAUUUGAUACUAAUUCUCAUAUGAAAUUAUUAAAUGAUGAAAAAAUUAAUUUAUUACCAUUUAUUUUAUUACCUUUAGCAGGUCCUGAAGAAAUUGAUGAAGAUGAAAUGUUUGAAUUACCUGAGGAAUUACAACUUUUACCAAGUGAUAAAAAAAGAGAACCUAUUUCUGGUAUAAUUUGUAUUCAUUUAGAAUCUUUAUUACUUUUAUGUACCACUAAACAAGGUAGAGAAUAUCUUCGAGAAAAACAAGUUUAUGCUAUUGUUAGAGAAUUACAUAAAGCUAUGGAUGUUGAAGAAGUUGCUGAUUUGUGUGAUAGAGUUGUUCAAAUGUUGAAAAGAGAUGAAGCUCCAGAUUCUAAAGAAAUUGAAGAAAUUGAAAGUGAUUCUGAUGAUGAAAAGAUUGUAGAAAUUUUAUAG